AUGGAUUACAGUGUUGCUAUCGUUGUUGGUGGUGCUAUGGAGAGUCUCUAUUCGAAGCCAGGUCUCAAUUGUCUUGUUUUGAAAAAGAGAAAAGGGUUCAUCAAACUAGCACUUGAAAUGUGUGGUCAUAGUGAUUCACAAGAUCAAGUAAAAGACGAUAAAGACGAUAUAUCACUUGUUCCUGUUUAUGGAUUCGGUGAAAAUAACAUCUAUGAUGUUUAUUAUACUAACGAUCAUGCAACAGAUCAGGCCGAUGGUUAUAUUAAGCGAUUGUUGAAGUACUGUCAGAUGUGGUUAAAGAACAGAAGUGGAUUCACAUUACCAAUUGUCGUUUCAAGGGGUAUCUUCAACUACGACUUUGGAUUACUUCCCUUUAGAAGACCUAUAGAUGUUGUCUUUGGUGAACCUAUACCUAUAAAACGUCUGUACGGUAAUAAUCCCGGAAGUCCUGUUUCUCAGGAGGAACUAGACCAUUAUCAUAAGCUCUACGUGUGCCAAUUGAUGACUCUGUUUAACAGGAAUAAAUCCAAGUAUUUGACAAAGUGGGACAAAGACCUUGAAAUUGUAGAGUAA